AUUGGAGUGGUUUAUUAUAGAUAUAUAAAUAUUGCUAGUCCUAUUAUUAAUAACAAAAAGAGAAAGAAUCAAGCAAGCAAUACUAGUUGCUGCCUUGCUCGGUGCUGUCAGUCUAUACACACUACUAAAGCACCUCCUCUGUCUUUGCUUCAAAAAAAAAAAAAAAAAAAGCACCUCCUCUGUCUCUCUCCCCUUCUCACUUCUCUUUUCUCUCUCUUACCAAAAAAAAAAAAAGGAAUCAUACCCAUUUCAUAAAAAUCAAAAAUUUUAAACUUAUUUCUCAUUAAUUGAGUAGAUCUUUCAAAUUCAUCAGUCUAAUGGAGUCACCAAGCAGAGAUAGAAUCACAAGAACAAGAACAACCAAAUACCCACAUUCAUCAUUCUUCUUAUUAUCAUUCAUUCUUCUUCUUUCAGGUACAAUCCCAGUGACAGUGGUAUCACUAGGAAUAAAUUACGGGCAAAUUGCCAACAAUCUUCCAACACCAGACAAAGUAGUACCGCUAGUCAAAGCAAUCGGAGCAACCAAGGUAAAGCUCUACGACGCCGACCCGAAAGUCCUCAAAGCAUUCGCUAAAACCGGCAUCGAAUUUACUGUCACAAUAGGAAAUGACCAACUACCACAAUUGGCAAAAAACCCAAAACAAGCUAUUGAUUGGGUUAAAAAGAAUGUCCAAACUUAUCUACCUGAUACAAACAUUACAUGUAUUUUAAUUGGAAAUGAAGUUCUUACCUUCAAUGAUACAACCUUAACUAGUAGCCUUUACCCUGCUAUGCAAAACAUGCAUUCCGCGCUCCAAACAUUGAGUUUGGAUCGGAAUGUUUGGGUGACCACAGCUCAUAACCUGGCCAUCCUGGAUACGUCGUAUCCGCCGUCAGCAGGAUCGUUUAGGUCGGACUUAGGAAGUUGCAUUUCGCAGAUCUUAAGUUUCCACGCGAAGACAGGCUCCCCGUUUUUAAUAAACGCGUACCCGUACUUCGCGUACAAGGGUAAUCCAGAGGAAGUGAACUUGGACUAUGUUCUGUUCCAGGCUAAAACUGCACAAGUUUUAGUCGACCCUGAUUCGAGCCUUCAUUAUGAUAACAUGUUAUACGCACAAGUUGAUGCGGUGUACUCCGCAAUGGGACCCAACUUCAACAAGAAGGUAUUGGUUCAGGUAUCUGAAACUGGUUGGCCGUCAAAGGGUGACGAAGAUGAGGUCGGGGCAACACCGGAGAAUGCGAAGAAAUACAAUGGAAAUUUGAUAAAGAUGUUGGCAACUGAAAAGAAAGGGACUCCAAUGAAGCCUGAUUGUGAUUUGAAUGUGUUUGUGUUUGCGUUGUUUAAUGAGAAUUUGAAACCAGGACCAACUUCUGAGAGGAAUUAUGGGUUGUUUAAGCCUGAUGGUACACCUGCUUAUUCUUUAGGGAUUCCUUCAAUUCAAGCUGUUAGCAAUGGGACUUCUGGGGAUGAUGGUGUUGAUAGUCCGUCUUCUGCUGAGACUGCCGCUGGUGGUGGUGCUAGUGGUAGCGUUGGUGGUGGAGGUGGCUCCUCUUCUUCUGGGUAUCUCUCCAUUUCUUUUUCAACAGAAAGAUAUCCCUCAGUCGGCUUCACGGUCACUUCAUUAGUUAUGAUUGUUAUGCUAGUAGUUCUUUAGAGUAGAUUGCAUCCAUUUAUGAUUAUAUUCUUGGUGCGGAGCGCAUUGAAGAUCUGGAAGAGACUUGAGAGUUAGGGAAAGGAGGAAUGUAGUUUCUUUGAUUGUAAUCCUGUUAAUAUCAUUAUUACUAUUAUUAUUUUUAAUGACUCAUUCUUGUUCUUUUUGACACUACAACCAUUGGAUAUCUUUUACUUUUCUUUCGCCUUUUA